CUUUUCAGACAUAUGUAGUUCGCAAUUGUUUCAAUCCAAAUUCGAUUGCACAAAAAUGGAAAAAUAGGUUGUAGUUUUAUCAAAUUCAACAUCUCGGAAAAGAAACAUAUAAUAACAACAACUAUAUUUGUCAUUCUGACAAAUUUUCAAGUGGAUUCAUUAAAAAAAUGAAUGAUUUUGAGCAAGUAUUAGCUAAAAUUAAUAGGAAUAAAAAAAAUGAAUUUUGCUAUAGUGACUUGCACGUGCACUUUUCGGUCGAGCUCAGUUAGGUUUAGGUCAACCUAAACUGUUGUUCCAGUUUUGUGAGACUCAACGACGCGAUCAACCUUUUACAACAAAACUGGCUGAAGGUCAUAAGCCUCAAUGUACAAUACUUCUACAAGAAUGGUACAAUACUUCUACAACAACAUCACCUUUCAGCAUGCUGCCGGUGACUCCAUUCAUUCUUUUAAAAACUAUGGGGGUAGAGAUGUGUAUCACCGAAAAGGUGUUGGCAGAAGUACUAGAGACUACAAACCUGAGAAAGAGAAUUGAUGUGUUCAAUGCUUGGAAUGAAACUCAUUUCUCGAGAGCCAAGCAAAUACAGACUGUAUGUGGUCUUGCUGAAGAGGAAGAUGCUGAGGAUUGUAGUAGGCCAACUAUUCGAGAGUUGACAGUUAAGGUCAGGGUUCUCAACCAUAUGCUCUCCUACAACAUUCUUCCAAAGGGUGGACAUCGGGAGGCAGUCACCUACUUUGACAUAGAGCUCCUCAUCAACCUACUUUCACAUGAGAAGGUUAACUUGCCAUACUUAAUCUUUACACACAUGCUUGCUGUUGCAGAAAAUUCAAAUAGGAAUCUUCCAUAUGGGAUGAUCCUCACUUUGCUAUUUGAUCAUUUUAAUGUGGAUUUAAGUGGUGAGGUUGGCUUAAGAGUUUCAAGGCAGGAGUUCUAUACAGUUACAUACCUGAAGAAGAUGGAAAUUGAGUUGCAUGAUGGUGAGUAUGUCCGAGCAUACAAUCCUCAUGUAGUCCAUGGUGGUGAUGUUGAUGAUGAUGUUGAUGAUAAUGAAGAGCUCGAAGAUGAACCAAUGGUGCAGCCACAUAGUUCAACUCCACUAGUCACCCUACAACAUAUAUGGGACAGCAUGGAUGGCAUGUACGACUACAUGGGACAGAUGUCCAUCCAGAUGAUUGGCAUGUACGAUUACAUGGGGCAGAUGACCACCCAGAUGAGCACACUACAGCUGACUGUAACAGAGAUGCGAGACGAGUUCCACUCUUUUAUUUGAAGAUCUUUUAGUGGAAGAUACAUGCAUCCCACCACAUCCGACUACCAUAAUGUGACCACCACCAAUGAGGUAAAUGCGGAUGAGUGAGAGUGGGGAGAGAUGUACUCCGUGAUUUUAGAUUGUUUUCUUUUAUUGUUUUGUCUUAAAGACCAUUUGGUUUGGAACAACUAUGAUCGUCGAUUGAUGUUAUGUGGGUUUUAAUUUUAGGUAAGUGUGAACAAUUAUGAGUUGUGUUUUAUUGUAUUUCUUGCAAUUUAGUCAAAAUCGCGAUUCUACCUAGAAACAUUUUGGUGAGCUAGAAGCAUAAAAUCAUAAGUUUUAA